AUGCCGACUGAAUUCCAUCUUUUCUCUGCUCUCCCAGCUGAGCUUAGGCAAAAGAUUUGGGACAUAGCUAUUGCUAUUCGCCCAAAACGGCGAGGAGUUCGCGUCUUCCGAUUAUUCGACGCUUUGCAAGAACCUUCGGUUCGCGUCGAGGACGUCCCGGGCUUCGAUUAUGGCGCCAACUUGGCUCUGGGUAUACCGUUGCCGGAAGAAGACUUCGUCGGUGUCAACGGGGAGAGCACUAGUGAUAUAUCCACACAGAUUUACGAUCCAGACCUGUGGAAUACCUGCAACGAAUCGAGGUUGAUGAUGAAGAAAGCUUUUGUGCCAUUUAAGGGAUAUGGCUAUGGCUCGAUGGGGUACUGUCUAUCUGGUAGUGCUCCUUUCUAUGUCACGAUUACGAAACGAUAUCACGACCUCUUCAUCAUACGACCGGACAGCCUGGGAUUGGCAAUAGAAGACGUUUACGAUUCAUUCAGUGACCCUAAUAUAAUUCUCGGUAUUGAGUAUCAGGAAGAUUGGGGAUCCCAACUUUAUACCGAGGAACAAGGUGGGGAACUUUGUCGAGCGGCAGAGCUUAUUAAAGACAUGGGCUGGUCGGCGCGGACUCUAGGGGUAUUUCUUGUAGAUUAUAAUCUGAAGCUCAAGGCCGAUGCUUCUAGUAGGCGCACACGAGAUCCGUCUUUGGACUACUACGCAAAGGAUAGGAGGCUUGUCGAGGUGUUUUUCAAUGAAGAAACGGAGCAGGAACAAUGGGAGUACAUCAACCCGAUUCCAGACGGAGACUACCGCAAGUCAUCCUUCUAUUUUGCGAAGCAUAUUUGGGAGGCUUUUGAGCAAAUGAAUAUGGUGGUUGAUGAAGAACCUUACACGCCUUGGAUAGGCCUUCUGGGAUGGGACUAUCUCUGA